AUACGAGCCGUACAACUCCGGCAUUGCUGAGGAUGUGUUUGUGAAGUGGGCCGAAGGAAGGAGUCCUGACCGUGAUGAAUACAAUAACGACAACAUGCUGGGAUACGUGUGGCCGACAGGUAAGACUGUCUUCCCUGAUUUCUUCCUGGAGCGAACGCAGCAAUGGUGGAAGGAUCUCAUCGUGAAGGAAAGACAGAAGUUGAACUUUGACGCCAUCUGGAUCGACAUGAAUGAACCGGCGUGUUUUGGUACCAACGACGAGCGGCCGUGGAACUGGCCUGAGGGGGAGCUACCCUACUGGACGCUGAAGUGCUACGAAGACAACAAAUAUGACUCACCCCCGUACAAAACAAACUCCCUCCACAUAGAGGGAACCUCCGUGUAG